CCCUCGCGGUGGAUCCCCGCCCGAGCCACAGAGCGCGUGCGCGCGGGCCCCCAUGCGGGUGUUGUACCUGCCUGCUUCGCUGCGCACACUCGUAGUCAGUGGGCGAGACCGGCGCGGCGGAGGUCACCGCCGGGAGGCGGGACGGGGGCAGCAUGGCAGCCUCCUUACGGCUCCGUGGAGCCGCCUCCGGCCUCCGGUACUGGAGCCGCCGGCAGCAGCCGGCAGCGGCCAGCCUUACAGCGGUAUGUUCUAGGUCAAUGGCCUCUAAGACUCCAGUUGGAUUCAUUGGACUGGGCAACAUGGGGAAUCCAAUGGCAAAAAACCUCAUGAAACAUGGCUACCCACUCGUUAUUUAUGAUGUGUUCCCUGAUGCAUGCAAGGAGUUUCAAGAUGCAGGUGAACAGGUAGUGUCUUCCCCAGCAGAUGUAGCUGAAAAAGCUGACAGAAUUAUUACGAUGUUGCCCACCAGUAAUAAUGCAAUAGAAGCUUAUUCUGGAGCAAAUGGAAUUCUAAAAAAAGUGAAGAAAGGCUCACUGUUAAUAGAUUCAAGUACUAUUGAUCCUACAGUUUCGAAACAAUUGGCCAAAGAAGUUGAGAAAAUGGGAGCAGUUUUCAUGGAUGCCCCUGUUUCUGGUGGUGUGGGAGCUGCUCGGUCUGGGAACCUCACGUUUAUGGUGGGAGGAAUGGAAGACGAAUUUGCUGCUGCCCAAGAGUUGCUGGGCUGCAUGGGCUCCAAUGUGGUGUAUUGUGGAGCUGUUGGGACCGGGCAGGCUGCAAAGAUCUGCAACAACAUGCUGUUAGCUAUUAGUAUGAUUGGAACCGCUGAAGCUAUGAAUCUUGGAAUCAGGUUAGGGCUUGACCCAAAACUAUUGGCUAAAAUCCUAAAUAUGAGCUCAGGACGGUGUUGGUCAAGUGACACUUACAAUCCUGUACCUGGGGUGAUGGAUGGAGUUCCCUCAGCUAAUAACUAUCAGGGUGGAUUCGGAACAACACUCAUGGCUAAGGAUCUGGGAUUAGCACAGGACUCUGCCACCAGCACAAAGAGCCCCAUUCCUCUGGGCAGUCAGGCCCAUCAGAUCUACAGGGUGAUGUGCGCAAAGGGCUACUCAAAGAAAGACUUCUCGUCCGUGUUCCAGUUUCUCCGGGAGGAGGAGACCUUCUGAGCUUGCACUUGGCCGUGGACACUGUUGGAAACCAGACUCUUACCUUGAGCCUCCUGAUAGCUCACUCCACAAGUAAAUGAGUUUAAUCAAAAGUCACCUGUCUGCUUUUGAUUGUUUAGGUCACAAUAAACCCUGGGGUUUUCCACCCAUUUUUACCUGCUUAUUCUUGUUAUCUUUUUAGUAACAUACAUUGUCUGAAAUUUUUUUCUGCAAGCCACUGAUGGUCUCUGCUAAUUAGCUGCUUGACCUUUUACAAAAAUUUGAUCCUGGGUCAUCUUCAAUCAGGAUGUUAUUUACUUCAUUUUACAAAUAAAACCAAAUAUUUUUCAACAGGAUGAAAACCAAUCUUGAAGGAAAGAAAAGAAAUCGGUGUGAGGAGAGGAAUUAGAGAAAGGGAAGUGUGGUGAAUUGCUGUAUCCCUCGUGAAGUAUGCCCUGUUAACCAAGUGGUGGUACUUUUGCAUUACCGAGGUUACUGAUUUAUUUUCCAGGGAAUUAAUAAAGGAGGAGCACUCCUUGCUGCAUGUUUUAUAAUUUGGAGUCUGUUACGGUGUCUUAGUGUGUCCAUCCUACAACAAUUCCCACUACUCAGCAAACCUGUUUUUUUUUUGGUAUUUUCGUUUCCUUGUACAUUCUUAGUACAUAUUUUUGACUUGAAAAGAAUGACAUCUUUAGACCUAUUUCAGAGCCAAUGAUGACACUUGCUUUAGAUAAUUAUUACAGUAUUCUAAAUAGAAUCAUAUUAUUUUGAAUUCCAAUAAAUUUCUAUGCUGAUAAUA